AAUUUGUAUAAAUCUAAUUGUUUCUUCCAUAAAUCGUUCUCCUGUUUUCCAAAAUGAAGACUUCUCUGCUGCCAGUGUUUGCUUUACUUUUAGUAUAUCUGAUGACCAGCUACGCUUAUAAUGCUAAGAAGUGCGAUGCUAAACCCAGUGAAACAGGACCGUGUAAGGCGGCGUUUCCAAUGUGGCGUUUUAUAAAGGCUACACGACAGUGUGAAUCCUUCCUAUAUGGUGGAUGCAAAGGAACGAAGAAUUUAUUUGAGGAUGAAGAAGAAUGUAUAGCACAUUGCUUAACUUAAGGACUUAGCGAUUUAAUUUUCAAA